AUGAGGGUACUGAUUGACCACACCGUUCAACUCCCCGAACCCGGUGAUUCUGAAACCCCUUACCUACCAAAUGACAUGGUAGAUCUACGCGAGGACUAUGCUGAGAAGAGCUUGCAAGUCAUUGUUAAGUUGGCAAAUAUUGAAUUAACUCCUGAGAAGCCCGAUUAUGAGGGUGGCUCAUGGCACAUUGAGGGACAAUUGGUGGGCGCCGUCCCUUGUUCUCUUUCCAAUCUCUUCACUUCCUGA